AUGUCUUCGCCCGGCUCAUCCUCAUCGUCGGCUUCAUCUGCCUCGUCCUCAUCGAUAGUCUUUGACCCGAACACACUCCAACAACAACAGCCCGCUCCAGCCGACCUGCCACCCCCACCGCCUCCGACAAACCCAGACCAAGCCAGCAACCAGGUCCUCUCAUCGCUCAACCCGACCAUCGAGUCCAGCUCCCAAUCGACCGUCUUCAACCUCUCAGGAUUCUCAAACAACAGCAACCUCCUCCAAUCUCAGAUCACCGACCUCACCUCGCUCGCAAACACUCAAUCGACGGUACCCCAUGCCUCCCAACCCGCCUCCAAAAAUGCACCCGCAACUGCCCCUUCGAGGGGUUGGAUGAGUCAGCGUAAAGGUAAAGCUAUCCACAUCGAUGACGAUCAGGCCUCUCUCAGAAACGAGCUUCCGGGAGACUUGGAAUCAGACCAAUCCGAACGUUACACUUCCAGCACCAGCUCUCAGCGUAUCAUCGAGCUCGGUGUUGUAGAAGAUCAAUUAGCACAACUGCUCAACUUGGCGUCUGACGUCUUGGGCUCACUUGGGCCUUCAUUGAACGAAGAUGAGUCGACAAACACGGCGAUCGAGACCUUUUCAAGCUCGAUCAACGAAUACUUCGAGCUGCUCAACAAAAUCCAACUAGGUCUGCGCACCUCGAUGUCUCAUUUACGAGUCUCACGAGUAUCCACUCGUAUCUUAUUCGAGCCUGCUCAUGUCUCCAUUCCGAACUGUCCGGUCGGAUUAGGCGAUCUCACAUUGUCGGCUAAUCACCUCUCAUCCCGCCCCUCAACUCAUCCGCUCCAUGCAGACUCCUUGAAAGAUAAAGAUGAAGAGGAGCCGCCGGCCUUAAGUUUGGGCUCAUUGGUUGCCGAAAGAAACGCGUGGCAGGACUUGGUCGAGUCGCUCGAACUCAUCAAAGCACAGCGAACUGUCCUGUGA